UUAGACAAGUAGCUGAACAAUUGGAAUUUACCUACUGUGGUGUAGUUAUAAUGCUGCUCUGAGUUUCUUAAUGCUGAAAAUAGCAGUUGGUCUGUCACCUAAACACUGUACAACUCCAUUAUUGCAGUUCUCAACAGCAUGAGGCUGUUUAUUACUUUGCUGAUCAGCACUCAACUCUUCCAGGUCUCCUUUGCAGCUUCUUACAGAGCCAUUUCCUGCAAUGAGGCACGGGUAGUAAAGGCAGCAGAUCUAGCAGUGGAACACAUCAAUGCUGACCAGCCAGCAGGAUACAAGUACACGCUAAACAAAAUUGAAAAUGCCCAGGAAGUCAGGGGGAAGCAAGGUGUGUCCUCUGCUUACUUGGAGUUUGAGGUAUUGGAGACUAGGUGCCACUCACUGAACCCAAAACCUGUGGCAGAAUGUGAAGUACGAUCAGGCCCUGAGGCUAUUUCUGGUGACUGUAAAGUCCAAUUACAAAUCAACCCAACGACACGACUCGUUCGGAUUCACAAAUACCGAUGUUUAAUAUCACCAGACUCAGAUGACAUGGUUUUGAGUAGAUGCCCAAGCUGCCCACAUCGCAUACCAUUCAACCAUUCAGAUGUCAAUCCAGCUGUCAUGAUGGCAUUACAAAAAUAUAACAGAAACAACAGCACAACAAACUAUUUUUCAGUCCAGCAAAUAACAAGAGCUGCCUCUCAGGUUUUAGCUGGGAAGAAAGUAUUUGUUGAGUUUACAAUCCAAGAAACUGUAUGUACUAAAGCUACCAAGCUUCAAGAUUGUCCAAGGAGUAGAGAAGAAUCUGCUACUGGUAACAAGGGCUUCUGCACGGCCUCUGUGUAUAAACCUAUUUCUGGGAAGGAGAAAGUGGAAGUGAAUUGUGAGCUCUAUAGACCAAAGGUAGCGGUCAGUUCAGCUAAAGUAGUGGGAGCAGGCCCUAUCAAACAAAGAAACAGUAAAAGAAAAGGACAACGAAAUAAGAGACAAUCCAGUCCUGAGCAGCAACAUCGCAUUAAACAGCUGAAACCACGAAGUGGAACUCCCAGGAGAAUUGAAUCCUCUGAGGAAGUGCAAGGUGCGCUUGGUUUCGUUAUUGGCUCAGGACGUGAAAUUACCUUUCCAACGCUGCCUGCACCUCAAAAUACUUGCCCUGGUAGGGCCAGGCACUUUAGAGGAACUGUUCAUUCUAUUUAAGCAGGCUAUGAAAUAUAUCCAUCCAACAAGGAGAUUCCCUGAAGGCAGAAAAUCCAAUUUUUUUUUAAAUUAGAGAGUAAGUUAUAUUGAGAACGAAGAAAACACAUCUGUAAAAGCUGUGUAUAACUGAUUCAGAUAAACAAAACAAUAAAGCACUUUGCAAUAAA